GGAUCGGCCAAGAAAGUCAACGUCAACUUCCAGGACACGGACGGGUUCUCGGCUCUGCACCAUGCGGCGCUCAACGGCAACACGGAGCUCAUCUCGCUGCUGCUGGAGGCACAGGCUGCCGUGGACAUCAAGGACAACAAAGGCAUGCGGCCCCUGCACUAUGCUGCUUGGCAAGGCAAGAAGGAGCCCAUGAAAAUGGUGCUGAAAGCAGGUUCCUCUGUGAACAUCCCAUCAGAUGAGGGCCAGAUCCCCCUGCACCUGGCAGCACAGCACGGGCACUACGACGUGUCCGAGAUGCUCUUGCAGCACCAGUCCAACCCCUGCAUCAUGGACAAUUCAGGCAAGACUCCCCUAGACCUGGCGUGCGAGUUUGGCCGGGUUGGGGUGGUCCAACUGCUCCUGAACAGCAACAUGUGUGCGGCGCUGCUGGAGCCCAAGCCGGGGGACACCACGGACCCCAAUGGCACCAGCCCCCUGCACCCUGCCGCCAAGAACGGCCACAUCGACAUCAUACGCCGGGGGCUGCAGAGCCUCUCCAUGGGGGUGAGGGUCUCAGGAGGGACACGCCAAGGCAGUGAGCUGUGCCCUCUGGUCUAGGGGUGGCCAUGGAGUCCCAGGGGGUGGCAGGGAGGGGGGGCAGUCUCCUCCCAAGCCCUCUCCAUGCCGUUGCAGAGCGGGAUCAACGCCCAUGUCAGGAACACCUACAACCAGACAGCUCUCGACAUCGUCAACCAGUUCACCACCAGCCAGGCCAGCAAGGAGAUCAAGCAGAUGCUGCGGGAUGCCUCCGCUGCUCUGCAGGUCCGGGCCGUCAAGGACUAUUGCAACAACUACGACCUGACCAGCCUCAACGUGAAAGCCGGGGAUGUCAUCACCGUGCUGGAGCAGCACGCGGACGGGCGCUGGAAGGGCUGCAUCCACGACAACCGGACCGGCAACGACCGCGUCGGCUACUUCCCCUCCAGCCUCGUCGAGGCCAUAAGCAAACGAACAGGUGGCGACCGCAGCAGCCUGGGCAGCACGGGCAGCGUGGCCUCUGCCCGCAGCUCGGGGAGCGGGCAGAGCGCAGGCAGUGGGGCGCACGCCCUGCACGCGGGCUCUGAAGGCGUCAAGGGACUCAGCUCCCUUCCUUGCCUGGCUGGAGUCCAGGGGUACGUGGCCCCAGGCCCCCUGACCACUGCCUCUCCAGCAGGUUCAUCGCGGUCCCAGAGCAUGGCCGGGUCCCCGUAUGGUCCCCAGCCCCCCGCCGAGCCCCAGCUGAAGAAGAUGGAGCCACCAUCAGAGGGGAAGAGCUCGGAGGCUGUGUAUCAGUGGCUCUACAAGUUCCAGCUGCAGCUCUAUGCGCCCAACUUUAUCAAUGCUGGCUACGACAUCACCACCAUUAGCCGGAUGACGCCAGAGGCCAACCUGGCGCUGUGGCUCUCUAUGAUCGGCCUGUCCCAGUACUACAAGGUGCUGGUGGAGAACGGCUACGAGAACAUCGACUUCAUCACUGACAUCACCUGGGAGGACCUACAGGAGAUCGGCAUCACCAAACUAGGCCACCAGAAGAAGCUGAUGCUGGCAGUGAAGAAGCUGGCAGAGCUGCAGCGCGCUGAGCUGGGCAAAUACGAGCCAGGGACACUGAAGAGGAAGGCAGCAGCAGCAGCGUGCCCAGAGGUCCUGGCCAUUGAGUCUCCCCCACCAGAGCCACCCGAGUGCCAGUCGCCCAAGAUGACCACCUUCCAGGACAGCGAGCUCAGCAGCGAGUUGCAGGUGGCCAUGACAGGCGAAGGUCCUGAGGAACCCCCCGAGAAGGCCACGAACACACCAACGCCACCCCCCACGGCACCGAAGCCCCCCAAGCCUCAUGCCGCCAUCCAGUCGGUCAGCGCCAGCUCCACGCCAGCCCCGUCGCCCGCCCGGCAGCUGGGCCCCAGUACUGCCAAGCCCUCCAGCACACCCCCCUCGCUCUGCUCCAGCCCCGCCAAGCCCCUCUCUCCUGGUGCGCAGCCCCAGCAGGUGCCGGUGAAGCCGCCCCGCUCUGCCAUCGCUGGCCCCUCCGUCGACAGCGCUGGCCCUGAGCUGGCACAGCAGAAGCUGGAGGAGACGAGCGCGUCCCUGGCUGCUGCGCUGCAGGCCGUGGAGGAGAAGAUCAAGCAGGAGGACAGUCAGGCGGCAGACUCGGCCGUGGAGUCAAAGAGCACCGUGAGCAUCCUGGACGACAUUGGCAGCAUGUUCGACGACCUGGCGGACCAGCUGGAUGCCAUGCUGGAGUGA